AUGGGAUGCACUCACAGCAAAAACUCAAAAUCGAAAAAAUUCGCCGGGGCGCCGCCUAUUCUGAAUCGCGAUCAAAAACCGCAGCAGAAUACGGUGGCGCAUUUUGACGCGGCGAAUCAGAAACAGUCGCAGGCGAGUUUGUCGCGAAAUAUUCUACUCAAUAACAACAACAACUCGAUAGAUCAUCAUGGAGAGACGCAGAGAAAAGGUGGAUUGAGACAAUUGAAGACGGUGAAAAUGGAGGCGAUAGAGAAGGAGAGGGAUAGAGACGUAGAGGAGGAGGAGGAGGGGGUGGCAGAGAAACGAGGGUAGGUUGGAGACGCAGUGAAAAUAGAAAAAGGCAGAAUCAUACAGCUAGAGAGCAUGAGAGACGCAGAGAAAUCGCGACGGACAGAGUCAGGCGCAGAGGUGUAGAGAUCAGUGAGAGGCGCAGACAGUUAGACACUAUGAUCAGAGAAGCAGAGUCUCUCUAGAUAUGGUAGGGUCAGACAACCAGAGUGACUAUAAAAUGUAGGAAAGACUAUAAGAGGUCAUGUUAGAGUUUAGAGACAUAGGGAAAGGCAGAGACGCAUACACAUUCAAAAAAUGAUAGAAUCAGACAGCUAGAGCCUGAGAGAUGAGAGACGCAGACAGUUAGACAUUAUGCGUACCGAGAAAUUCAGUCAGAGACGCAGAGUAUCUCUAGACAAGUGUAUGGCUAUAGUCAGACAACCAGAGUAACUAUAAAAUGUAGGAAAGACCGUGCUGAUGGUUAGAGACGUAGAGGAAGAGCAGGAGGGGGUGGCAGAGAAACGAGGGUAGGUUAGGGACGCAAAGACAUCCAAAAUGACAUAAUUAGCCAGCUAGCGAGCAUGAGAGAUUAGAGACGCAGAGAAAUCGCGACAGACAGAGUCAGACCACCAGAUACUAUGAAUAUUAGAGACGCAGAGGGGUAGAGAUCAGUGAGAGUCGCAGACAGUUAGACACUAUGAUCAGAGAAGCAGAGUGUCUCUAGACGGGAUAGAGUCAGACAACCAGAGUAACUAUAAAAUGUAGGGAAGAACAAUCAAGACCAUGCUGAAGGUUAGAGACGCAGGGGAAGAGAGAUGAGAGACGCAGACAAUCAGACACUACGAAUACCGGGAAAAUCAACAGGGCAUUUGUCAGAGAAGCAGAGUGUCUCUAGACGGGUUAGAGUCAGACAACCAGAGUGACUAUAAAAUGUAGGAAAGUCCGUGCGAAAGGUUAGAGACGUAGAGGAACGAAGGAGGUUCCAAGUUAGACGGUUAGAGAGGCAGAAAACGCUAGAGCGAGUCAGAGUCAGACGACCAGAGAACAGAGUUAGAGACGCAGAAAACUCUAUUUUUCCAGGCAAAUUCCGGAUGAUUUACGCGCGGAAAAAGACGAUGACGCGACACAAAACGGACAAUAUUUUGCGGCUGAAAAAAAACCGGCGGAAAUUCAAAAAUACGCCCCGUCCGCCUAUUAUCCAUUCCCCGACAAACAAAAUUCACCGGAACGCAACAAAAAAGCACCCAUUGCUCAGGUUAUGGAAAAUAUGGGAGCGGUUAAAGUUGGCAAGAGAAAGGUGAGUCUGUAAUUCAAAUUUUCAGCGAAAAAUCUGAAAGCCCCAGAAGCUGAAAAAUUUCAGAUUUUUUUCUAGGAAGUGCUAAAUCUUCGUGACAACAAAACAGUGGCAAUCGGCAAGUUUUUUUCAAAAAAUUUCAGACAAAAAUAAUUUGAAUUGGUAAUUUCAGCACCAACAACAACACAAAAAAUCUACCGACCACAAUUGACUCAAGAAGAUCUUGAUUAUAUCAAAAGAUCGGUUCAACAAAGAAAUGAAAGGUAUUUAUUUCGACUUUUUUACAUGGAAAAUCAAUCAAUAAAUGGCUAUUUAUAAAUAAUGUUUUUUUGCAGACGUGCUUACAUGAUGCAACAUCGUAAUGAGUCAGAUGACACAUUAUAUGAACUCGAAGCUCGAAUGCCUGAAAAAGAUUAUACAAAUUUGAGAGUUGUAUAA